AUGAGGACAGGCUUCCCGGACACCUCUGGAAGCUCUGAUUGCGCUCAACAUCUUCGCAAAACUGCGGUAAUUGACGCAGAACUUUGGAGGCUCAACAUAGCUGUGGCAGCUCUUCAAGAGACGAGAUUACCUGACGAAGGUUCGUUACGUGAGACCAACUACACGUUUUACUGGAAAGGCAAGGAUUCCUCUGAAUGUCGCCAACAUGGGGUAGGAUUUGCCAUUAGAAAUGACCUACUCAGUGCAAUAGACGAUCCUCGAGGAGUGUCGGAGCGCAUAAUGACGUGUCGUUUAAGCAUAAACGGCGGCUUUCUCACCUUAAUAUCUGCUUAUGCACCGACUUUAAAAUCUUCUCCCGAAUCUAAAGACCUUUUCUACGACCAACUAUGUGAAACUGUAAGUGGGGUUCGGUCGGGGGAUCGCCUAAUCAUCCUAGGGGAUUUCAAUGCACGUGUGGGUCAAUCUCAUGCAUCCUGGCCAGAUUGUAUGGGUGGUCACGGUGUAGGGACGUUAAAUGAGAACGGACAACGUCUCUUAGAAUUCUGUUCACAAAAUCUGCUUUGUGUAACUAAUACCUACUUCAAAGGAAAGUUUAUGCACAAAGUGUCCUGGAAACAUCCUCGCUCAAAACACUGGCAUCAGUUAGACACCAUAUUAACUAGAAAGAAAAACUUGGGGGACAUUCUGCACACUCGAACAUUCCAUAGCGCGGAUUGUGAUACCGACCACUCACUCGUCGUCACCACAGCAUCUUUUUGCCCCAAAAAGUUACAUUCGUCGCGGUCUAUCGGUCGUAAAAAAUUGAAAGUACCAACAUCAAAAUCCAAAGAUUCGGUAGCUUCCUACCAGCAGCUAAUUAAGGAGGAAACAUCUUCUUGGGAUCCUGACAUGUCAGCCAGUCAAGAAUGGGUUAAAGUAAAAUCCAUUCUCACGGAAACUGCGGCGAAAGCAUUUGGUUACAAACCUUCAUCAAAACAUGACUGGUUCCAAGAAAAUAUCGACCAUCUUCAACCGUUUCUGGAUUUAAAACGUCAAGCGUCACUAAGUUAUCGACUAAAUCCGACAGCUACGACACGCGACGAAUUAUCAAAAGCCAAAGCAGCACUCCAACGCAAUGUACGCUUUUGCGCCAAUUCUUACUGGUUGGAACUAUGUAAAAGUAUUCAAGGUCAUGCUUCAACUGGCAACUUUUCUGGUGUUUACUCGGCUAUUAAGAAAGCACUAGGUCCAUUACCGAAUAAAACAGCACCUCUUAAGGAGGUCGAUGGCACUUGCAUCUUAGAUGCGGAUCGUCAGCUUCAUAGGUGGGUAGAGCACUAUUCAAAUCUCUACUCUCAGCCCAUCGGUGUCGAGCCCGAAGCAGUUCAGUCAUUUCCCGAGUUACCUGUUUGGACUGAGCUCGACGAUGUUCCUACAGUACAGGACUUCAUUAUCGCUGUCAACCAACUAAAGCGAGGUAAAAGCCCGGGAAUUGAUGGUAUCCUUGCUGAAAUUAUCAAGGUGCGGUGUGUAGCCCCUAUUCUCUAUAACUUUUUUGUAAAGUGCUGGAACGAAGAAUACAUUCCUCAGGAUAUGCGCGAUGCAAAUAUCAUCACAUUAUAUAAAGGGAAGGGUGACCGUGGCGACUGCAAUUCAUACCGUGGAAUCUCCUUACUUAGCAUAGCUGGCAAGCUACUUGGUCGUAUGAUCCUUUCCAAGUUACAACUGCUUGCCAAUCGAGUAUAUCCUGAGUCUCAAUGUGGCUUUCGGGCACAAAGGUCCACCACAGACAUGAUUUUUACGUUUCGGCAACUGCAGGAAAAGUGUAGAGAACAAAGAACACCUUUGCUAACGGCCUUUGUCGACUUAAAUAAGGCAUUCGAUACCGUGAGCAGAGAGGGGCUAUACGCUGUACUCCAAAGGGUUGGCUGUCCACCGAAGCUGUUAAAUCUAAUAAGACUUUUUCAUGAAGAGAUGAAGGCAUCCGUCGUUUAUAAGGGUCAUACAUCUGACUCGUUUGACAUGAGAAGAGGAGUCCGGCAGGGAUGUGUACUAGCACCAACACUGUUUGGUAUAUUUUUCUCUGUACUUCUCAAAGUUGCGUUCGGAGAUAACCAACAAGGCAUACACCUUCACACCAGGGUGGAUGGUAAGCUCUUCAAUAUUUCUCUCCUUAAAUCCAAAAGACACCGCCAGGAUACUCUCAUUGAUAGCUUACUGUUUGCUGACGAUGCAGCAUUUGUUGCAUCAAGCCCAUCAGAACUUCAAGGAAUGCUGGAAAAGUUCAAUAAAGCUUGUAAGCAAUUCUCCAUGUCCAUCAACGCAAAAAAGACGGUAAUUAUGACACAGGGGGUUACUGAGAUACCCACAAUCACAUUAGAAGGCUCACCACUGGUAGUUGUUGAUAAUUUCUGCUACCUUGGAUCCACAGUUUCGAACAACCUUUGUCUCGAUGCGGAAAUAAACAGCCGCAUCGGCAAGGCCUCUACGAUGUUCGGGAAGCUGAGCGCGAGAGUUUGGCAUAACAAAUAUCUUACGAUAAAGACUAAGAUCAUAAUUUAUCAGACAUGUAUCUUGUCCAUACUCUUGUAUGGCGCGGAGACCUGGACAUCGUAUGCCAAACAGGAGCGGAAAUUAAACAACUUCCAUAUGCGCUGUCUCCGGCGUAUACUGGAUAUUUCGUGGAAAGACCGAGUAACAAACGAGAAGGUGCUUAGUAUCGCGGGCAUGCCUAGCAUAACCGCACUUCUUAAACAAAGGAGAUUGCGCUGGCUAGGGCAUGUGCAGCGGAUGGAGCCUUCUCGUUUGCCAAGACAAACUCUCCUGGGACAAAUCUCAGACGCCAAACGACCAGUUGGGCGGCCAUUGUUGCGAUUUAAGGACAGCGUUAAACGCGACAUGGUAUCCUUUAAAAUUGACCCGAACACCUGGGAAAAAGCUUCUGGUGACCGUGACAGUUGGAGGAAAAUACUAUCUGAUGGGGUGGUCGCGCAUGACAAAGCCUGGUUCGAUUUUCUAUCCCAUAAACGCGAUCUACGUCACGAACGAAUGGCACAACCUCCAACGUCACCAGGAACACAGUUCGUUUGUGGACGUUGCGAUCGGCGCUGUCGCUCUCGCAUAGGCCUUGUUAGUCAUCAGCGCAAGUGCCAAAGUCAAACAACUUGA